UUGUUUGUAGCUGUGUUGAAAAGUUCUAGUUUCACAAUUGUCUCAUUGAGUUCAAGAUAUUUCAUUGUGAAUUGGCGUGACUCACAUGUACAAUGUGGUGGUUGGGUUGCAUUGUUGCUAGAAAACCAAAAGCAGAGGAUCCUCCUACCCAAUCACAUGUUUAGGAAAACUAUCCAUCCCCAAAACCCUCCAAUCAGAUAUUUAAAACCCAAAAACAAAAAAACAAAAAAACAAAAAUCUAUGCCCCAAUCCCAGUUCCCAGUCAAUCACAAUAGAGGGCUAUCUCCCAAACCAAUAAUUUAUUUUGGGAAUCUGUUAACUCCUGUCUGUCUCUUUAGUGUGCACCAAAUAAAUUGAUUCAGAGUCAUACACAUGAUACAUAAUAUACAUAUUCAUAUCUCCAAAUCCCAAAUCCCCAAAACCAUGGCCAAAGCUCUAAACCUCAUACCGACUUCAACUUUCCCGCCAUUUUCAUGCCCCACAAGACCCAAAAGGAAAUUCUCAAUUAGGGCCACAACAGAGUCCUCUGAGACCCCAGUAAGUUCAGCUUCUGUUCAAGCCAAACCAGAGCCUUCAUCACCACCAUUGACAUUUGCUCCUCCGCCCAAUUUCAAGCCGCCGGAGCCGAAGCGGUUCGGCGUCCGGCCGGAUAAAGUUUUCGACAUCUUGGGUGCUUCUCUUGCCUUGCUCUUUCGGUUGGGGACUGGCGUUUUCGUUUCUGGGUAUUCUUUCUCUUUCGUUUCCAAAGAUGACAUUCCCGCAGACCAGUAUGCUCUUGAAUUUAAUGAUUCUAAGGUGAAAGAGACUUCAAAAGUAGGCCCCCGGCCGCAGAAGCCUAUUGAGAUAUAUGAGUUUGAAGGCUGUCCAUUCUGCCGGAAGGUUAGGGAAAUUGUUGCAGUGUUGGACCUCGAUGUUCUAUUUUAUCCUUGCCCAAAAAAUGGUCCAAACUUUCGUCGCAAGGUUGCUGAGAUGGGUGGAAAACAGCAGUUCCCUUACAUGGUGGAUCCAAACACUGGCGUUUCAAUGUAUGAAUCAGAUGAUAUAAUCAAGUACUUGGUUGGGAAGUAUGGUGAUGGAAAUGUUCCUAUUGCAUUGUCACUUGGUUUAUUGACGACUUUGACUGCAGGCCUUGCUAUGAUUGGUCGUUCAGGACAGGGUUCUAGCUAUUCUCCAUCAAGACUACCAUCCAAACCACUUGUAGUAUGGGCAUAUGAGGGAUCUCCUUUUUGCAAAAUUGUACGUGAAGUACUUGUAGAGUUAGAACUGCCUCACAUAUAUCGCAGCUGUGCCCGUGGCAGUCCAAAACGACAGAUACUGUUUGAUAAAACUGGACGCUUUCAGGCUCCUUAUUUAGAAGAUCCAAAUACCGGGGUGGAGAUGUUUGAAAGUGCAGAAAUUGCAGAAUAUCUGAAAGCAACAUAUGCGCUAUAAUAAGCAAAGCUUUCCAAAGGCAUGUGGACUUUUUUUUUUAUUCUUUUGAUUUUGUUUUGUAUAUUUCUCACAUUUUCUGUCAAAUGAAAGUGUACAAGUCAUCAUCUUAUUCCCAUAAAAAAAUACUUGAACAGCGUUUUAGAUUUAUACAAAUUUUAUUUUCUUUCUAGUGGAAGGAAUUGUUUUAGUUUGGUGCUGUGUUAAAA